AUGGGCGUCCUCGAUGGCAACGCGGACUCCUCGACCGUGGUCCUCGCCAGGCACGGCACCGCGGUCCUCGGCGCGUGCGCCGCCCCCGGGGGCGCGGCGGCCACGGUGCAGGGCGACGGCGUGCACGUGCACGAUCGCGAGACGCAGACGCGCGCGCGGUCGUGGGCGGUCGGCCGAGGCCACGGCUUCGCGGCGCCGGCGACGUACGACGCCGGGAGCGGGAUGUACUUCGCGGCGAUUCUGCCCCCGGGCGGGAGGGAAGAUCCCGCGCUCGUCGCGUGGACGAAGGACGAUCCCGCGGCGAGCCUCGACGCCGCCGUGGGCGGGGGCUCGACGCGGUUACCGGACGGCGUCGCCGCGCUCGUGCCCGUGGGCGAGGGCGACGAUCGCGCGGAAGGCGGCGGCGUCCUCGCCGUGGACGGCCACGGCGGCGUUCGAUGGUUCGGUCCCGACGCGAGGAAGCUCGCGGCCGCGCCCGGCGCGACCGGCGGCGCGGACGAGAAGCGGAGACGCGUCGUGGAGGCGGCGUCCGCGGCGUCGCCGACGGGCGGCGGCGGCGUCCUCGUCGUGACGUCCGACGCCGCUUCCGGCCGCGGCGUCACCGGCGGCGGCGGGAACCGCGUCGCGGCGCUGUACCGCGCCAAGGGCGGCGAGCACAGCGGCAGGAGCGUCGAGACGGUGUGGGAGGUCGUCAUAGAGCCGGGGCACGGGAACGACGACGGCGCGCGCGUCGUCGCCGCCGCCGCGGACGACGACCACCUGUGCAUGUUUUGGUCGAACGACGAGUGGUGCGCGUACGACCCUAAGGCGACGCCGAAACAUCCGGAAGACAAGGGCUUAUGGGACGAGCCCGGGGUGCCGACGAGGAAACUUCAGAUCGCCGCCGGCGCGGGCACGCCUUCCAUGGAAAACCUCUCGCUGAAUAAGAGCGGAAAAGGCAAACGCUCGGGGCGGGAGACGACGAACACGAGCUCUACCGACGCGCUCCCCGCCGCGACGCUCGCGGCGAUGGGCGGCGGGUACUUCCUCCUCGCGAUCGUCGGCGCGCCCGGGAGCGACGGCGGCGCGCGGCUCGCGAUCGUGGACGCGAAGUACGGCGCGGUGCAGAGCGUCGACGACGUCGGCGGCGGCGGCGGCGGCGGCGGCGGCGGCGGCGCGGAUGACGGCGUCGCCGCGAUCGUCCUCCCCGACGACGGCGACCGCGCGUCUCGAACGAUCAUCACGUGCCACGCGGGCGAGGUCAUCCUGUCCGAGAUGGAUACCCCGCCGAAGUUGAGCCUCCUUGCGGUCAUGGGGAAGCUGUGCGCCGACGAGCGCGGCGAGCCGGCGAGGAUUCUCCUCGGGAAGGAGGGCUUCAAAGCCGCGAACAAGCCGGCGCAGUACGGUAUUUACAAGCCGAAGAUGCCGACCGAAGAUCAGAUCCCGCGUAAGAAAGCGAACGAACCCUUGACGUUCCUCGGGGACCCGAGAGAGAGCGACUGGUGGAACGACGGCUUCGAGAAGAGCGAGAGGAUGGCGAUCGAGACGAUCGAACUCUUCGACGGCGACGCCCCGCUCGACGAGGACGCCGCGUUGAAAGCGAUCGACCCGUUCUUAAACGGCGACGAGAUGUUCGCGCCGCUCGCGUUGGACGCGGUCAUCCGCGGGUGCGUGAAGAACAAACUGUGGGAGCUCCUUAGGGGCGUCAUCGGGCGAGGAUUCGUCACCGGCUCCGCGGCGGCGCCGCAGCUCGUCAGGGCGUACAUCGAGAACGACCGCGCGUUGGACCUCGAAAAGUUUUACGUCCAGGCGAUCGAGUACGAUCCGCUCGACAUCCGACGCGCGCUGGACGCCAUCUUACCCGACUGCGACGGGCCGUCGUUCUCGGCGGAGGCGCUCGCCGCGGUGAAGGCGAGGCACGUCAAGAUCGCGAAACUCGCGGUCAGAGAUGCGGAACGCGCGGAGAAGGAGAGGCGAGAGACGAAACAAAAACACGGCACGUACGCGGAGAAGGAACAACGCGCGAAGGCGUCGCUCGCGCGCGCGCGCGUGUGCACCGCCUCCGUGGAGGCGUUCCCGGAGACGCCGUACGCGUGCGCGCUUCACUUCGUCGUGAGCUACGCGCUCGAUUCCGUGACCGCGGCGAGGACGCUCUUGGGGCUGCCGAUGUCCGCGGCGACGAAGCUCGUCGCGUACCUUUCAAAGUGGCUCGCCGUCUACGCCGGCGAGGGCGACGACGGGCCGAUCGACCCGGAGAUCGACCAGCUCGUCGCGAUGCCGACGAUGACGUCGAUCGUGACGUGGACGAACGGGAUCAUCGACUCGCACUUCAGCUCGCUCGCGAUGGCGACGUCGUCGAAGGGCGGGGAGAGCGACGGCGGCGCCGAGAGCGCGGAGGACGCGGAGGUGGAAGCGCUGAAGAAGAACGCGGAGAAGCUGCAGCGGGCGUGCGCCGCGGUGGGGAAGAUGAAGGGCGCGCUGCAGCACGUUCGGGAGGGCGCGCCGCUGCCGGACGACCAGGGCGUGAAGUCGACGACGUACAGCAUCGAGAGGAUCGAGGACUGGUGA